UUGGACUUCCAAACCGAAAUUCUCCACGCUGCGCAAACCCUUGCCCAGGGUGGCGUCGUCGCCGUUCCCACCGACACGCUUUACGGGUUGGCGGCGGACGCUCUCAACCCCGACGGCCUCGAACGAGUUUACGCGGCCAAGGGCCGCCCCGCCGAUAUGCCCUUGCCCGUGCUGGUGUCUGGCUGGGAGCAAUCACGCCAGGUCGCCGCGGUUUCGGCGGUCGACGAGUUGCUGGCCCGGCGUUUGGUCGAAACCUACUGGCCCGGUCCGUUGACCAUGGUGCUGCCCGCCGCCCCCGGUUUGCCGAACCGCUUGACCGCCGGACGCGAUACGGUCGCCGUGCGUAUGCCCGACCAUCCGGUUCCUCUCGCCCUUGCCGCCGCCCUGGGUCGCCCCAUCACCGGUACCAGCGCCAACCGCAGCGGCGAGCCUGACAUAACUGACGCGGAUGAGCUACGCCGGACCCUAGCCUCUCGGGUUGAUGGUAUCAUUGUCGCCGGCCCCAAGCCUGCGGGUGCGGCCAGCACCAUCGUGGUGGUGUCCGGGGGCAUUGUCAGUCUGCUGCGAGAGGGCGUGUUGCCCUACGAGCGCGUGCUCGAGACCCUCGGAAUGGUCAUGCCGUUUGAAUAG